UCUCUUUUCUCUCACUAUCCGUUGAAUCAAACGUCUCUCUCUCUCGAGGUUUUCUGGGAAGUUUCUCUCUCUAGAAUCGUGGAGGUAAGAACAUGAACGAGGGGUGGUGUGGACGCCAUCACCGGUUAUGAAUCCUGAAAACCGCGGAGUUGCAGCGUCAGCAGCAGCAGCAGUACCCCUAGCUCAGCCGCCGCAGCCUCACCGUCCGUCCACCUCUUGCCUCCGUCACCCUGAGGAGCAUUUCACCGGAUUCUGCCCCUCUUGUCUCUACGAGCGUCUCUCCGUCUUAGAAACCACCGUCGCUUCGUCGUCGUCGUCGUCGUCUUCCAAGAAACCGCCGUUGUCCGCCGCUGCUCUCAAGGCCAUCUUCAAGCCCUCUUCUUCGGGUGUUGGUAACAGUCAUUGGGUCAGACCCGGGUUGUUACCAGAGCUCCGGAGGACGAAAUCGUUCUCGGCGACGAAGAACGAGGGGUUCUCGGGUGCGUUCGAGCCGCAGAGGAGAUCCUGCGACGUUAGGGUUCGUAACACUCUCUCGUCACUCUUUAGCGAGGACGACGAGCGUAAUUCUCAGAAGAAAACAGGUGGGACCGGCAGUUUCGCCGGUGGCGUUAGCUCCAGUGGCGGGGGCGGGGGCGAGAUUGAGGUGGAACGCAGAAAUUCCAGCGUGAGAACGCCGGUUUACGAGGAGAAAACAGAGAGCGAAAGCGAGCACGAAGAGGAGGUCGAUUAUUGUGGGAUUCUGAACGAACACAGAAACCAAAUCGAACCUGUGGACGAAAUCGUCGAAGAAGAGGAGGACGAGGAAGUGGACAAAUCUCCAGAAGAGGAACCGAAGCAAGUGAAGGAGCAUAUGGAGUUCAAUCCACAGACAGUGAAAAAACCGAAUAGGGAUUUCAAGGAGAUCGCGGGGAGUUUUUGGUCCGCCGCGUCGGUCUUUAGCAAGAAAUUGCAGAAAUGGAGGCAAAAGCAGAAGCUGAAGAAGCACAGGAACGGACACGGCGGCGGAUCGGCGGCGUUACCGGUGGAAAAGCCCAUCGGGAGACAGCUCAGAGAUACUCAGUCCGAAAUCGCUGAUUACGGCUAUGGCCGGAGAUCCUGCGACACGGAUCCCCGGUUCUCCGUCGACGCCGGAAGAUUCUCGCUUGAUGCCGGAAGGUUUUCCCUCGACGCCGGGAGGAUCUCCGUCGACGCCGGUAGGGUUUCGGUGGACGACCCUCGUUACUCGUUCGACGAGGACACGCAUGUUCCGGUGGAAGAACAGCCGGUGAUGGACGAAAAUACCCCUGGUGGGUCUGCGCAGACGCGGGAGUACUACUCGGACUCGUCUUCUCGGCGGCGGAAAAGCCUCGACCGUUCGAGCUCCGUGAGGAAGACGGCGGCCUGCGUCGUGGCGGCCGAAAUCGACGAAGUGAAAACGGUUUCAAACGCCAAGGUCUCGCCUUUACAUGACAGAGACCCCAAGGACUUGUAUUCACGUUCACAGUCACAGUCCAAUUCCUUGAGAGACGACUGCUCCGUGGAGAAUUUCGAGGUGGGUUUCCGGGAAAAUGCAGGGAACGUGGAUAACAAGAAGGCGACAAAGAAAUCCAAGCGAUGGAGUUGGAACAUAUUUGGGCUGAUUCACAGGAAGAAUGGGAAUAAAUGCGAGGAAGAAGAAGAAGAAGACGAUACAGAGAGAUUCAGCAGCAGCAGGGGAAGAUCCCGGAUCGAGAGAACAUUCUCAGGGUCGUGGAAUGGGGACGCGAGAAAAGGGUUUGAUCCGAGGAUGAUGAGGAGCAAUAGCAGUGUGAGUUGGAGAAGCUCCGCCGGAGGGUUCCGCCGGAGCAAUGCGGAUGGUGGAUACCUCAACGGAAAGAAGAGGGCCGACGGGAACAACGGAAUGCUGAGGUUUUACUUGACGCCAAUGAGUGGAAGCCGGAGAGCGAGAGGCGACGCCAAUGGCAAGAAGUCUGUGAUGAAGUUUUACUAACGAAUGAAAUCGAAAUCCUCAAAAGAUUCAAUCUUUUGCUGAUUUGGUCGUAUUCCUUAUUGUUCUUUGUUAAGCUCUUGGGUUAAUUGCCUUUUUGUAAUAUGCUCUUAUUAUCGUGGGGUGGAUUGGUUUAGAGAAACAGACAAAAACAUUUUGAUUUCUU